AUGUGGCCCGCAUCCGAGAGGCGAAGUGUAAAUAAUAUCUCUUUACGUCUGCUUCUAAUCGCAGGCCAUGUACUUGCUCAGGUCAAUUCGAGUACCUCGACUACCCAUGAUGUCGCAAAAUCCCCCUCGAGUACCCUCUCGGCCGAACCUACCUGCGAGUCGAAGACCGUGAACUAUAUCACUCAUACUCUACCUCAGCAAUGUCUUACUUCCGCUCCAUCGUCAUUCUCUACUCCCUCAUCCGUUAGCGCCACCGUCACUAGUUCUACACCCGUCGACUCGACGCCCAGCGCUGAUAGCACUGAUCAUCUUGAAGAGCUAGACGCCGAUGGCAAUGACCUUAGCACAGGUGCUUUUAUGUCAUUUGAAGAAUGGAAGGCUAUGAUGCUCGAGAAAUCUGGGCAGGACGCGCUGGAGCCGAGACAGCGCAAGAGUAAAGAAACCCACGGCGAUGCGGACCCCGGAGAGGACUUCGAUAGUCUCGGGGACGAAGGCGAGGUGUCGCUCGAUUUUGACGCAUACUCUGAUAGGAUCUCUGAGAUAGCAUCGUCGACGAAGCCGUCGCAGAAAGAGAAGGAAAAAGAAAAGCAGGUUGAGAAGGUUAAUUACGACGAGGGGUUGGCUCAAGGCUAUCGUAGUAAAGAUGCUGGGAAGACAUGUAAGGAGAGACUUUCGUACGCCUCGUUCGACGCCGGCGCAACGGUAAAGAAGGCGAGCCCUGGUGCUAAGAACCCCAAGGCCAUCUUAGUCGAAAAUAAGGACACGUAUAUGCUCCUCGAGUGUGCUAUGCAGAACAAGUUUGUUAUUAUCGAACUAAGCGACGAUAUCCUAGUCGAUACUGUUGUGAUAGCCAACUUCGAAUUCUUCUCUAGCAUGAUACGCCACUUUCGAGUUAGUGUAAGCGAUCGCUAUCCUGUCAAGCUAGAGAAGUGGAAGGUUUUAGGUACCUUCGAGGCUCGUAAUUCCAGAGAUAUUCAGCCAUUCUUAGUCGAGAACCCUCAAAUAUGGGCUAAGUACUUGCGAAUCGAGAUUUUAACCCAUUACGGCAAUGAGUAUUAUUGUCCCAUGUCCCUACUACGAGUCCAUGGUACACGUAUGCUAGACUCGUGGAAAGAGGCUGACCCUGCCGACCUCGAGCCCGAAGAGGACAAGACAAUACCUGAAGUCCCUGAGGAAACAGUUGAAGAAACCGAAACCCAAACCCAAACCGAAGAAGUUGAGAUUGUUGAACCCUUUCAGCCUGAAGAUCGGAUAAUACCCUCAGAGCAAAGUGACUUGAUCCCCUACUGGGACGAGAACUAUUUCCACUAUUACUACCCCUUUAACGCUACUUGCGAAGCAGCUGGCGCAGAGGACUAUACGUUCCAACGCAGCAAGGAAAACUAUAAGAACAAAACAGCAGCUAAACCGCAACCCGUAAGGACUGUCGAACAAACAAUUCCAAUUAGCUCAGGCGCAUCUUCAUCAACGAUUCCAACAUCGCAGUCUGCUAGUCAAGUAACAGCAGACUCGGUGAGGUCUACAUACCCAAGCAGCUCAAACGAGACAACAGCGAGUACAGCCAGCGCAAAUUCAACUGAAUCCGCCCCUGUCUCAACAUCAUCUCCAGAUUCAAGGUCAGCUACUGUAACACCACCAACAACAACUACUACAACACCUACCACGGUCGCGACUCCAAACCUAGUAAAGACCGCUAGCGUACAGUCGCCCCCUAAGAGUAAGACAUCCGCUUCGACCUCUGUUGUAAAACCACCGUCCUCACGGUCGGCUGCAUCUAAGGGUCAGCCCUCCGGUUCCCCCACAACGCCACGCAAUAAAACCACAACUACAACCUCAUCCGCUGCCCCCGCGCACACAGUUCAGGACUCGUUCUUCAAAGCGCUUAACAAGCGCAUCCAAGCUCUCGAGUCUAACACGACUUUAUCUCUACAAUACAUCGAGUCGCAGUCGCGAUUCUUACGAGAAGCGCUAGCGCGCCUCGAGAGGCGUCAAGUAGCUAAGGUAGACCUAUUCCUAGAUACCUUGAAUAAGACAGUCCUCGGCGAGCUGCGCGAGGUCCGUGUUCAGUACGAUCAGAUCUGGCAGUCCACCGUCAUCGCCCUCGAGACUCAGCGCGAGCAGUCCGAGCGCGAGAUCGUUGCUCUAUCUUCCCGCCUCGGCGUCCUAGCUGACGAGGUCAUUUUUCAAAAACGCAUGGCUAUUGUCCAGAGCGUCCUGCUUCUAGGAUGCCUUAUCCUAGUUAUUUUCUCCCGCGGCGGUCUCGCUCAAGCCGCCGCCGAGUCUUCGUAUUAUCCCGCCCAGUUCUUUGGCGGUGGCGGCCCCUCGAGACUUGCGUCUCCUAUCUUCCCGUCUACCCCUAGAGUCCAGCAUCACCGUCGUGACGGAGCAGCGAUGCUCUCCCCCGAGGACGCUAGUCCCGUCCCCAUCCCCAGUACCCCGCAGCAGUCUCAUCUACAUCGCAGUCCAAGCCAGACGCCAGAUUCUUCCCUGCAUCAUCGACCGCGGAGGAUGAGUUCUUCUAGAGCUGGCGUUAUUAGCAUCAAUGAGACUCCCGAGUCUGUAGGCCAUCGAAGGCCCUCGCCGAAUAGAGUCACGUCCGAGCCCCCUUCAACUGGCUUCUACCGGGCCCCCACGCUGUCAAGCGUAGAAGCGGGUUACGACUCGGAGCCGGCCAUGACGCCGUCUAUGGAGGGAGAGUAUUACUCUACGGUGGUUGACAGUGGGAAGAGCAGCGCGUUGAGUUACCCCGAAACGUUGGUUAGGAAGUCAGAGAGACAGUUGACACCAUCAUCGGAGACCGAUGGUGUAGAGUAUAUACCUCUAUCGAGUAGGCCGCCUCUAACGCAUUCUUUAUCUGCGCAAAAGCCCCUACCUACUUUACCAGAGGAUCCCGAUUAG